AUGUCUUUUGGAUUCUCAGUCGGCGACUUCAUUGCAUUGGGGUCACUAAUCGCAGAUAUCGCCAGCAGUCUUCGAGAAGCAGGUGGUUCGAAAUCCGAAUACCAAGAGAUUCUUCGUGAGCUCGAGGGACUCGAACAUGCCCUCUCCCACCUAGACAAGCUUCAGUCUGGCGACGCAUGUUCUACGAGCAUCGCCUCGAUCAAAUACGCAGCUCUGAGCUGCAGAAGGCCACUUGAACAAUUCCUCAACAAGAUCAAGAAAUAUGACAGUGCACUUGGUGUAUGGAGCAAGGCAGGGACGAUCAGGAGCGCCGCAGACAAAUUGAAAUGGGCAUACACGCAAAAAGACGAGACAAGGAAGCUUCAGAUCUAUUUGAAUAUUCAUGUUGGGACGAUCAAUAUUUUGCUAGCUGAGCAUGGAUUAGAGAGGAUGGAUAUUGCGUCUGAGAGGAGUGAGAGGGACCAGCUGCAAAUACGGGAUAGGCUUGAAAAUACUCAAAAGGUUAUCGAGCGGAUCCAUAGUAGCGCUCAAGCUCAGGCUCAGGCUGUGGCGGUAGCCAACUCUAUGUUAGGGAAGCUUUUUCAGACGGUCAGCGGCGAGGUCAUAACAUCUUUAAAGUCGCUUGCUGGUAUAGUAUCGAAAGUGUGUAUUUCUACUCAGCAAAUAUACAAAGUUGUCCUUGAGAUUAAAAGCGCCAUCGAUCCUGGAGAUAUGAGAUGGACUUACUUUCAAGCACCUCUGAUCGUAGAGGAUGCCCUGGGAUUCAAAUUUCCUGUCCCUUCGGAAUACGACUACGGCUUGCUUGACACCAUUAUUAAGCAUAGAUUUCUAGAAGGUCCUGGCUCGUUGGAUGUCAACCUGGGAAAUUACGAACUGUUUUACGCCAGGGACAGCAGCCAAGUCAUUUCUGCCCAAGUAAGACUAUUGCCAGGAACUAGUAUCACUAUGGCUAUCCUUGUCGGGAGAACGGGGCUGUCUGACCAGGAAUGCCCUAUGUCACGGUGUAAAUCCAAUCGAACAACCGCCGCCCCAGGAGGUGGCCAGAUCUGCUGUGAAUGUAAAGUUUUUUUCGAUAAGUCGAGCAAGAAGCGAAGGAUUUUUCAAGAUCUCUCAGACAGUAUCAGCCAGCACAGUAACAAAGUAAGACCAGGAAAGCGGAAAUCCGACUUCAACCAUGAUGCAAGGAAACGUCUCAAAACAUCCAGCGGAGAGGUUAACGUACACUCAUUCAAGAAUGUGAGAUGGACUGUAGAGUACGUACCUUUGAAAGACGUAGUAGGCGAUCAAGUGGUGGUCACAGCUCUUGCGGAUCUCUUCCAUGCCAGAGAGUUUAAUAGGGCAAGCAGCUUUUUCAACACUAGCGACUUCCUUCGCGUAUGUACUGCCAAGGAGGAAGAGAUAGACCUCGACCGCGAUGUCGUCUACUGCCAGAAGACCGUACGUCACAUUAACGAGUCAGCGGAUAAGGGAUGCAAUUGGUGUAAAUGUAUUCAAAAAGCAUACAUGUUAGACCACGCCACAAUCGAAGGAUUUAUAGACCCAGACGACGGUUGUACUAUUAGCCUAAGUCGAGAUUCUUUGUACGAACCCACGCCAACAGGCCACAAUAGCUAUCGACUCUCUCUACGUCACAGAAACCUUGCGUCGGACUCGGCCUGUCGUCAUCUGUUUGCUUUCACUAGUCAUAGUACCAUCACAGCGUCGCUUGUCACGGCACGACCCCGUCAGGCCAUACUAGACACGCCCGCAGCUGUGCAAGAGAUGAGAACCUGGCUCGCAGAAUGUCGCCUUCAUGACUGCUGUCCCUUGGACAAUGAUGUGGUCUUACCAACACGGGUAAUAGAAAUCUCACCUGCUGCUUCCCCGGAUUCUCCACGAAUACUGGUCACGAAUGGCUGCCAAGGUCAAUAUGCAGCUCUGUCAUACUGCUGGGGAAAAAGGCCAUACGGACAUCUUCAAAACUCGAACCUGGAUAAGUAUACAAGUCGUCUGGAUGUUUUAGCUCUGCCCCAAACCCUUCGAGAAGCGAUCAAGGUUGUAAAAGACCUCGGAAUUCCCUACCUGUGGAUCGAUGCGCUAUGUAUUAUCCAAGACUCGGAUACCGACAAGCAACACGAAAUGGCUACUAUGCAAUGGAUUUAUAAAAAUGCUCUUAUUACUAUAGUCGUCGCUCGGUCUAACGAUGUGACAAAUGGCUUUCUUCAACCAUGCCAUCAACUGUGGACCGCUUAUACCAUCCCGUUCAGGGUAUCAUCAAACUUAUUUGGAACCGUCUCGUUCUCAGCCAUGGAGGAGAUACACCACGAAGAGUCCCUCGAGCCUAUAAAUGACCGCGGUUGGACCUUACAGGAGCAAAUCUUAUCAACUCGAUCCCUCUACUUUGCUUCACACACUCUUCAGUGGCGAUGUUCACGAGGAGUGCAAAAUUUGGGCGGAUCAUUGCACCUCACCAGAUGGCUAGAGAAAUCCAUACAAGAUAUGAAGUAUGGAGCAUUAUACCCCUUCCAGAGCAACCUCGAGUGCUGGGCGGAAAUUGUCCAAAACUACUCUAGACGUUCCAUGGCUCUUUUGAGCGACAAAUUAAACGGUAUCGCUGCAGUCGCACAAGACUUUGCACCAAUGCUAGGUCCGCACUAUUACGCCGGGAUUUGGGGGAAAUCUCUACUCUCGCAGCUUCUGUGGUCCAGCUAUACCAAUCCUCCACAACCGCUCGCGUACCGCGCUCCAUCGUGGUCCUGGGCUUCGCGCGACGGUGGAGUGCACAUGAACAUAGUGGCAUCACGACUAGCUGAAAUCGAUAUUGAGAUAUGCAGCAUUGUUCGAGUCUCGAUGAAUCUGAGGGUCAACACAUCGCCCUUUGGUGAAAUUUUCUCAGCUUCAAUUGAAUUGAGAGGUCAAUUGCGACGAGCGUGUUUACAAAGGUCUCCGCAGGAGAGCAUCCAUGAUAAAAUGGUUCUGAGACUGGCAUGGGUAGAUGAAGGCGAGCGGGCAUCUAAGGAUCAAAGAACCCUUUUAACGACGGAAGGCUUCCAUCUCGAUAAUUACGACGGCCUUGACCUUCCUACAGAGGUUUGGGGUAUGCCACUUAUGACGAACCGCGAUGGGAUUGUGAGCGGACUGUUGCUUGUACCGACAGUUGAAGAUUCAUAUAAAAGAGUUGGAAUCUUUUCCAAUAUAACGUUACCAUUAUUCGAUCAGCUACAUGAAGUAGAGAUUACAAUCGUAUAG